UUCAAAUCCCGAUGAAAAUAUGUCAAAAUUAAAUUUGUGUUAUUACAUUAUAAUAAGUGUUAAAUAAAAUUAAAAUGGUGAAACGUAUAUAUCAAGACAAUCAUGUGAAAGCCGACGUCAUUGUUUUGGGAUGUAGCCUUCCAGGUAUUGUCACAGCUCACAAACUAAAAAAGAAAUUUGGUGAUGCAAUGGAUGUAGUUGUUCUAGAUCUAGUUGGACCGCAUAAAGGGAGUUCUACUUCAAAAUGUAAUGUAGCUUUCCAAGUGGAUGCUGAAGAUGAAGGUACCGAGCGCCGCCGAGAUGACGAAUACGAAGAGGACAUGGGUAAUGUCACCAGACGAUUCUUAGCCAUGUAUCUAAAAGAAUUCAACAUACCAUUUCCUGAAGCUUUAUUAAAACCGGAAAACACAGCAACAAAACUACAUAAGCUGUUCGAAUGCAGCGACGGAAACAUUUAUGAAAGUUCAAACAAUUUCUAUAGCUUUGAAUAUUUGAAUUUUGUAGAACGCUUUGAAUUAAAUCAAUAUCUAACGCUCCUCGAAGAAAGUAUGAAGAAUCUUUUCCAAGCGCACAACUUUGACGAAGAAUCUGAUAGAAAAUUGUUGUUGUAUUACGAUAAGACUACCAUGGAACAGCAUUUAUGUAAUGCUCUUCUCUUUAAUAAACCAAGAGAUAUCAUGCGCGUUACAAUUAAGUUGACAUGCAGUUGUCCAUCUGAAUCCGUUUCUGUAUUAUUUUAUCUUCACCAGUGUUACAGAACAGGCGGAGCUAGGAAUACUAUUGAUGGCGCGAACACAAAAUUACGCGAAAAGCUUCUAGGGUAUUCCAGGAAAAGGAUCACGAGCAAACUUCAACAAAGUGUCGCCAAUAUUACGUAUCCAACAAAGACCAUUAAUGAAAUACGAACAUACGCAGAUGAACAAGUCCUCUUGAAGACUACACGAAUGAAAGGAGAGACGAAUUACAUUUGCAGUCUACUUGCAAUGGCAUUGCGACCGGAGCAACUUGAUAAUAUAAAAGUGGAGUCCUCAUUAAUAUCGCAAAGUGUUGCGACGAUCAUAACUUCAAUGAGAGCAACUCGGAUACGAAAAUUUAUUAUUCAAUACAAAGAAAGUUUUUGGAGAAAUUCCUAUUACAGCGGAGACAUUUUGAGUGUGAAAGGGCCAAUAAUUUGGGCUACUGAACGUCCGAGAUUGUCAACAACUGGAGGUGAAGAGCGCUAUUCGGCGUUAGUUGGUUACUUAAAAGUUGCUCCUAACGGUACUGACAGCAGGGAUGCUGUUGUUGAACAGAUUGUCAGACUGUUUGGUGAAGAAGCAGCCGAGCCGGUAAAUUAUAAAGAAUCAGACAUAAGUGAUAUAUUUAUUCCUCGGUGCGGUGAUUACGUUGCAUUGAGGAGGUUGACAAACAAGCUAAGUCCACAGUAUGUGGAGUGGGGUACUUUGGACAUUUAUGCUGACGGGGAUGUUGCAUCAGCUUUAGAAGCAGGACACAAUGCCUAUUUACAUCUCUUGACAUGCUUACGACCUCAAGCUCAGAAUUAUGAGGACUUCAGCAUAGUGGAGUGGCCUACGUCAUUAUCCCUGAAUCCAUUUGGGAAGUGGUGCGCUAGUUUCAGCAUUCGGCGUGGAUUACACCUAGCUGCUUUAACUGUUGUGUUCUACAUGGGAAUAAAAAUAAUUCGUACAUUAAUACGCAAAUGAAUCUAAGAGCAAUAAAUACAUGCGAGAAACCGUUUUGAAACUACAAAUAAAAUUAUAAUUAGUUUGUGAAUUAUAUUUUUUGGUUUUGUUCAAUUAUAUACGUGUGUUCA